ACUCAUACUCUCCAAUGGAAUAGUUCCGAUCUCGGGGAAACCACGUAAACCAUGUAUCGUGUUCGUUCUUGUUUCCGUUCGUUCCAGUUCAUUCAAUUUGAUAUAAUCAACAUGGUAGCAGAGCCUUUCAUUAUCGAAAGGUCUACCGUUCGAAUCCCGACGACCACAUUUGUUAAGCACGUGAUGUUCUGGACCUGUGCAAACUAUAAACCCAUAUGAGUGGCUUUCGUUUUUAGGAACAUGUUAGUAUGUGGUAUAAGAUAAUCCAUUAUUGAACAUUUGUCUACCACUCGAGUUAUUAGAACCAAAUGGUUCUUAACACGAAUACGGAAUACCAUCCACAACACUAGACUAUUGCCAUGACAGAUAUUUAAUAAUAUGCUAAUAUAUUAUUCAUCGUUAGAAUUGAGAUAUCAUGAACAUGCACAUUCAUAAAACAAAACAAAAAACAAAAAAGUUGAGAUAAGGCAAAUAGUAUGCACAUUUCACCCCCUCCCCCAAUAUUUGGAGUAUAUUGUCACCAAAUUUAUCAUUUUAUCAGUGUUUCUUUGUGGCAUGCUCUUUUAGUUGUUUAUUUUUUGUUUUCAUAUCAGGAGAGUGUAUAUAUUACAAGAGAGCAGUUGAUGACAAAAUAAACUGAAGUAACAAGAGGUAGGGAGGGAGAGGGUGGGAUUCGCAAGGCUUUAAUUUCCUGGACCAAAACUGUUGUUGUCUCUCUCUCUCUCUAGCUACCAUAUCCGUUUUACAUAUGGCGUAUAUCUCCACAAUCUUAUCUGUUGUACUUGUGUGCAUAACAAACCAAACGGUUAAACCGAUAUGUUAUAUAUAUUAGCAAAUGAAAUCGGUGAAGAAGAUUACGAGGGAGGGAGCGGGUCGAGUGCUGGCCGGUUGGUUAGGUUAAUUAUUGACAGAAAACCGUAGGCUUUCAUCCCCAUACCUCAAUCUUAUGAUUCCCGGCCGGCCGCCCGGCCUAACAUUAUCCCCAAAACUUUUAUAUGUGCACACUCCCCUACCCUCAUCUUUAGGGCACACUCCCCUCCCCACCACCACAUACACUACUAUAUUUAGUAAUUUAUAACAUUCACUCUUCCAAUAAUUCAAACUAUUAGAAUAUUUCUAAUAUAAAUAGUAUUCAUACCUGAAAUUCUUAGCAUUGAUUGAAGGUUUUGCUUAGGGGCUAUACGGUACGGUCCGGUUAAAUUGGACCAAAUUGAUCCAGUCCCAAUCCGGUCUUUUCGGGAAUAUAAGGACCAAAGAUUGGAUUUGAUACAGUCCAGUCUUGAUUCGGUCUGGUCCCAAUUUUAUCUUGAUUUUAGGUGUUGGGGGUCUCUUAUCCGGUCUUUAUCCGGUUUUUUUUACCUCAAAUCUAAGCCCGGAUAUGAGAUUGCAUUGUUUGCUAUCCGGUCCCAGUCCGGUCCCGGUCCGGAUUAUACGGUCCGGUUUCGGGUAAAACCAAACAGUCCGAGACCAAAUAACCAGCCCUAGUUUUGCUUACACUUGCUCGUAUUACAUUGGUUUAAUACAAGAAGUAAUUGGAUCACGAGAAUUUAAUUAACAUUUGGAUUCAAUGUGGCCAAGAAACUUACGAUGGCCAUGCCUCUUGUGGCAAGUGGCAACCAAUGCCUAAGGGGGAGGAAGAACUUGUCUUUGAAUUCAAACACAUAUAGAGGAAGAUGCAAGGAGCUAGUCAUUGUGAAUAAAAAAAAGGAGAGUAUAAAAAGCAAGAGAGAAAGAUGCAAUAUGUAAGAAUGUGGAAAGAGUUGUGGUGAGAUCAAGAGCAAUUCGAAACUAUAACUCUGUGAUUAUAAAUCUAGUUGUUCUAUAUGGCUUGAGUGUAGUGAUUAGUGAGAUUCCCUUUUUAGCAUUUAGCUUGUGAGGAAGAGAGAAUUGUGAUCUCAACUCUUGUUUUGUAAAAGAGGUUUGAGUUCCACCAGAAGGAACUCAACUUAGAGUCGGAAUAUCAAUUAGACACAUUCUUAGGAAACUAGGUUUUAAAGGGCAGGCACCGUUAAGCCGAACAUAAGCAACAGAUUAAACUCAGUUAACAAAAAAUACCGUGACGUCUUCUUUCUUGCUAUUCAUCAUUUCAUCGUUGUUCUAUAUUCUGUUUUCCAGAAUCCUUUCCUUUGUAGAAGUCUGUGAAGUUGGAAAAUUAUUCUCUGGAGUAGCACAACUCUUGGGCUUCACUUAUGGGUCGUAUACCAAGGAUUGAGCCACGUCUAAGUUGAACCUAUAUCAAAACCCAAUCGACGAGUCCAGUAAUGACUAUGUCAUCUCGUCAUUUCAAAGAUCGUCUUCUCGCCUUCAUUUAUCAUCAUUUGGCUUAAAUCAAUUAAUAUCCCUCUAUCGUUUUUAAAAUGGUAUAAGAGAAGGUCUCUGACGAGUUCGUGUCAAGAUGGAUGCAACAUCUUCUUCAAUAAUAAUAAAGCGUCAUCUCCUGCCGAUCAGUUAGAUGGAGGACCACUCAUCCACUCGCCCACUCAAGUUGGACAGAAACAACUAUGCAUUCGAGAAGAGUUGUAUGGAGAAUUUCCUACAUGCAUAUGAAAAUGAACUAAUCUCAAUUCACGCCACAAUCAAACUAUUAGAAUCUAUUGGGAUAAUUCCACUAGAACACCCCCAAAGAUCAGAAAAUAUCACUUAUAUUCUCAAAUAUUUAAUAUGAAGAUAAAAAAUGUCAUUUUGAAUACUUGAAGAUAAAAAUGUCAUUUUUUUAUAAUUAAAGUGUCCUGAUGAAAUUAGCCCUAAUUUCUUUACGUGCAUCUAGAUAUUAUUAUUUUAUUAUUUGUUGGGAAAGUGAGGUUUAAGCUCUUUUUUGUCGAAGCUGGCGUUAUAUUCGGUCUUCAUGAACAAAUGGAUAAUAACUAACAUAUGUAUACACUCUUUGAAACCAAUUAAUUAAUUGGUUCGUAGUUUACAAAGAGAGUGUCAUACAAAACAAGAGAUUGCUUAAUUAGACCAAACACACCCAACCCAACAAAACAAUCAAUCAGAGCACAUUUCCGAUCCAUGAGCUGAAACGAGAGUCGGUGCGGCGGUGAGGUACAAAACAAAGAAUACAAGAAGAACACACUACUACUACAUCAUUAAUAGCUUCUAAUUACUAGUUAACUAGUUUCAUACUCCUAAUCUGUACUCAUCCUUCCUAUAAAAUAUAGAUACAGUAGAAUAGAGUCAAUAUAAAUAUUUACUAACUAAUAAUAUUAUUAUUAUUAUUCACGUCACUCUCUCUCUCUCUUUCAUUCCUUCGUUUUCACACUUGUUUAAUUCUUGUCUUUCAAAAAACAAACGCAAAAAGGAGGAAAAAAAUACAGUACAUCACUCAUCUCUAUUUAUAAUACUCCCUUCCCUCUCUCAAUUAGCCCACAGCUUCUUCCCAUGCACUUGUCCCCCUCUUCCUUCCUUCCAACUCCCUUUCUUCUUCUUCUAGCUUCCUUCCUUCCUUCCUUCCUUCCUUCCUUACUUCAUAUCUCUCUCUUUCUCUUUCUCUUUCUCUGCAUUAUAUUACUCAGAAAACCCACAAAACAAAACAGCAAACACAAUGUCGAGCAGAAGAUCGUCGAGGUCGAGACACGCCCAGUCGGCGAGGAGCAGCAGCAGCAUCAUCUCCGACGACCAAAUCAUCGACCUCGUCUCCAAGCUCCAGCGCCUCGUCCCCGAAGCCCGCUCCACCACCUCCUCACGCCGAUCCCGCGACAGGGGUUCGGCUUCGAAUGUGCUGCAAGAGACGUGCAGCUACAUAAGGGAGCUGCACAGGGAGGUGGACGAUCUCAGCGAGAGGCUGUCGGAGCUGCUCGCCUCCACCGAUUCCGACAGCGCCCAGGCCGCCAUUAUUAGGAGCUUGCUCAUGCAACAGUAGUAGUGCUAAUUACUUGAAACAAACUACUACUGCUCGCGCAUCGUGGACGUACACUUGAUAAUUAAUUAAUUAGUAGCAGCUAAUUAAUGAUUAUCGCAUAAUAUUAAUGUGAUGUGAUCACGCCCACCACUUUAUUAACCAUAUAUAGCUACUUGUUAAGGUUUCCACCACUCUAUAGGAACCCUUUUUUCUUCUUCUUCUUUUUCCUGUUUUUACUAUGUUUUACGUACGUGGCCACACAUAUAUAUGUAUGUAGGCCAUCUUGACGAAGAUAUUAAGGGCCGGGCCUUUUUUUUUUUUAGUUUGACAGUGAGGAAAUCAAAGUGAAAGAAGCUAGGCUCUUACUGUGUGUACUCUUUUGCCUGGCUUUUUUACUAUGUAUUCGAUAGCCCUACGGUAUAUAUAUUUACUGUUUUAGUUGUAUGGUAUGAUACCAAUUGUUCAUCGUUCUUUGUUACCGACGAUUGGAUGGUUUCUGGUUCUUGAAAAACGUCGAAGUUAGAUGUUCAUGAGAUUAAAAAAAAAAAAAACCCCGGCACGCGCUUGACACGCCAAUGAAUUGACAAUUAGUGCACUAAUAACACAAAGCUUGACAAUUAGUUUAGUACAAAUCACCAUCACUUCCUUAUUUGUGAGUCUAACCGUAUAGUGUAUAAACCACCAAAAUUCAAGGGGUCGUAUUCGAUGGAGUAGCAGCUAGCUGGCUGUGAGACUCGAAUUUUAGUCAUGGUUUUGAAGCGGGAAAAGAGGGGGGUGUUUAUAUUAAUUAAGACAGUACUUAAUUAGGAUUUUGUGGUAGCUGGGUGAUGUGACAGUGACAGUUAGUAACGCUGGGCUGGGAUGGGCGGGGAUCUGGAUUCUGGUCAACAUUUGGCAUCUCAAAUUCAGGACGACUCACUGCUUACUUCUACGUCAGUUUUUAUAUUGAUUUUUCUGUACAGUAAUAAGAUCUGAAGAGAUGUGAUUCGCAGGUUAAAGUAUAGAGAGAGGGAUUAAGAUCCUGAAUUAGUGUGCAAACAGAGUAUUAAUUUUUUUGGUGUAGAAAAGAGAGCAGCAAGAUGGACCCAGAAAUGGUUGUCAAAUCUUGGAAGCUGACAGGAUUAAUGGGAAAAGCACGUGACUUUACCCCCACCACCACCGCCUGGCCCCUUUCCUUCCCCACCCCACCAUAUAUAUAUAUAGGGUUUUAAUUUUCUUUUCUCUACGAUGCUGGCUGCGCUUCUUCCAUGGUGGAAACUUCCAGGAUUGCGCUCUCAUCUUAGACACUUUGUUAGCAUACCGUAUCGAAUUUAUCGAUACUUGGUAUUAUCGAAUAUCUAUAUUAUUUAUCAGGAUUGGAAUUGGGAUUAAAUUUCAAGUGUUAUUUGGUAUUAGGAAUUACGGGAUUGAGAUCGAUAUAUACUGAAAUAUAAGCUAGUGUGUAUUUUAUCACUCUCUAAAUGGAAGGGGUACAACUAUAUGAUAGAAGAUGCAUCGUACGUAGCUUACCGACACGAAGAUUGAAAAGCAUGUUCAUCUAUGAUUAGAUUUCUUAACAAUGUGUAUACUUACUUAUUAUGUCAUUUAAAUUAUGUUUUACUUUAUGAUGCAUCUCGGUAAUCACUAAACAUAGGGAACAUCAACACAUCGAUUUCUGUUGAGUCAUUGUUUGAGCACAUUGGAUGAUUAGUUAUGUGAGUAACUAUUAUUGGAGAGGCUUGUGGAAUACGACCAUAGAAAUUUCUACGAUUUAUAAUUUUGAUUGCAUUUGGUUUGCAUUAACAUCACUACAUACAUGCACUUCAAAGAUCUAAUGUCUUAGUUAUCACUUUGAUCUACAUACUAGUUGAUCAUCAUCCAUGAAAAAUGAAAGAACCACAAUUAG